AUGUCCGGCCGCCCCCCGCCCGCCGCCGCCAGCAACUUUGAAUCUCCACUGAUGCAAGAAGUCCCAGAGCACCAAAGCGGCAGCACAGACAGUUCAGCAAGUAGUUUGGGAAGCUCUGUCACAGCAUGUAAGAAGAUCCUCUGCAGUAACAGUUUGCUCGAAUCAACAGACUACUGGCUACAGAAUCAGAGGACACCAUGCCAAAUUGGCUUUCUGGAAGACAAGUCAGAAAGCAACUGUGCCUCAGUUUGUUUUGUGAACUUAGAUGCAAACAGUGAUGACUGCAGCGAUGAGCAAGUGAAACAGAGGCUGAUCAGUGUCUCUCCAAAUCUCCCCAAACUUAUCAGCUCAAUCAAUGUACAGCCACCAAAGGAAAAUGAAAUAGUCCUGCUGAGUGGAUUAGCAUCAGGAAACCUUCAGGCUGAAUAUGAAGUUCCCCAGUGUCCUUGGCUGGCAGAUGUCUGCUUGGUUCAGUGUGCAAGGGGGGACAGGAAAAACAGUGCAAGCUGCAUCAUUUUUGAAAUAAACAAGUUUCUGAUUGGACUUGAGCUCGUUCAGGAGAGACAGCUGCAGAUAGAAGCUCAUGUCUUAAAGCCUGAGGAUGACACAAACUGCUCAGUGUCCUCAAUAGAAGAAGAUUUCCUCACAGCAUCUGAACACCUCGAGGAUGACAACGAGGCUGAGGAAUAUAAAACUGGUCAUGACAAACUAAGCGUUUCAGAAGCAUCUUCAGAUGCCAAAAAAAAUAAAGGAAAGGGAUUUGAAAAUCUUCACUACAGAAAAUCCAGGUUGCCAAUCAUUCAUGAAGGGAACUGCAUUAAUGAAGAUAAUGCAGCUACGAGAACCUCUGAAGCUGUGAAUGCUGUGGCUGAAGAUGGCACUUUACAACCUGCAGAUAUGUCAGACCAGGAAAUACUGAUGCAGAAGAAUUUAGAUGAAAGAGCUACUUCAUCCCUUAUCACUACCAAUUUGAUGAGUGAGGUUGAAAAUUCCUGCUCAGCACAUGUGUUAGAAGAUGUAUCUUUAACUGAAAUGGCUAAAGAGGAGCUGGUGCCUCUCUGUGUUCAGGAACCAGCAAAACACAGCAGUAAGGCAGAUGGAGAAGAUUCUGCAGGUGUUGGGCAAACUGAUCUUCCUGUGCAAAACGAGCAGGCAACUACAGGUGAGUAUGCUACAAACUUGGCAGAAUCUGUUCUGCAAGAUGCAUUCAUCAGACUGUCACAGUCCCAGCCCACUUUUAGUGAGGAGGCUGCAGUCAGCAUCUCUGUAGGAAGCUCCUCUAAGUCAGAAGAUGGAUCUGCUCCCCGAUCGUGGAAUGAACUUCCCAAGAUUGUCAUAGUGCAAAGCCCAGACAGCUCUGAAAAUGUGGCUGACUGGCCAGGGUCUGCCUUCCCCAACCUGUGCCACUGGACUGAAUCAGAAAGUUCUGCUGAAGUUUCAGAUUACUUGGAGGAAGAACACUCAAAUGGACACGGCCAGAGUGCUCUGGAAGUGGCUCUAGCCUGUGCAGCCACUGUUAUUGGGACCAUUUCCAGUCCCCAGGCUGCAGAAAAAUUCAGACGGGAUCAAGAAGCCACGGACUCUAAAAGUGGAGGAGUUGGUAGAGAAGAGCUACACCCAGAAUCUUCACAGGUAAUGGACGGCUCUGCUGACACAGAAUAUUCAUUUCCAUCUGCACUGUGUGGAAUGACCCAAGUAGCAAGUGCCGUGGCCAUCUGUGGUCUGGGGGACACAAAGGAAGAGAAGUACCCUGCAGCUUCAAGUGGCCUCCUGUCUGCUGCUCAGACUUCUGCAGCCAUCACUCUUCAUUGCAGCAUAGCUAUAGGAAGCAGCAUGGAGAAGCUCAACCAUAGCAUUGCAGAGGCACUUCUCAAAGAGGCAUCAAUCAUUUUGACAAAACCCAACACGUACAAAAACGUAGGGCAUUUUAUGGAAUCCAUAAAUGGAAAAAUUAUUGAAACAACAGCAAGGCCACAAGUUCCACAAACCAAGGAAGUAAUCAGGGAUGAACUUGCACAGAACCUGUCCAAUAUUAUCCUACGCCAUUCUAUUGAAGAGGUUAGGAAGAGGAGACUGCUACACCCCCAUGCAGAACACAGCUCAACUGCAAAAGACAUUUUCACAGAGACUGCAAAUGAGUUACUUUUUAACAUAAUCUAUUUCACUUGCAAGAAGAUGAAUGACAUAAGACAAGUUGAAGAGUGUUCUCCUCUCUUUUCUGAGGACACAAAAGCAGAUCAAGUAACAAGAGAAGCAACACAGGCAGCAGCAUAUGAAACUCCACGGAACCCCCUUGAUCACUUUGCUGUUAAGCCAUUCAGUACACCCUACAGCUCUAGUGGUGGUGAAGAUCUUGGAAGUGACACAAACACCGAGAAAUGUAUUGUGAAAGAUGCCAACAGUAAGACAAGUGCCACAUUGAAUUCAGAACCAACGAGCAGAUCUACAGGGCCGAACACACUUGCUACAAAAACAUCUCCCAAGAAAAGAUACCUGAAAAGAACUGCACGAGACUGCUACAAAUUCCCAAAUCAGAGUAACAAUCCUCAUCAAAAGAAAGACUGCAGAUCAUUUUCAGACAGAGAAAACACCUUUGCAAACAAUGAGUGCAGGCACAGUGUUCAGGAACAGCUCUCAUCCAGUGCCACCAUGAAUGCAGAAGAUGAGGUCAAGCCUAAGAGUGACACUGUGCUAAAUAAUGAUGUCCAGGUCAGUUUAUCUUUAUUAGGAAACCAUGUGUUGCUUCCUUCUCAGCCUGUGCUACAGGUGAAACAUUCAAGGGGUAAAUAUUGUAUUACUGAUUAUGCAGAAGAAUUGGCAGAAACAGUUGUCUCUAUGGCAACAGAAAUAGCUGCCAUUUGUCUUGAAAAUUCAAACGGAAAGCAGCCCUGGUUCUGUGCGUGGAAGAGAGGCAAUGAAUAUCUGGUGACCCAGAGUUUAUCAUGCAGGAGCAUGAAAAGGAAAAAGGAAACCCAUGCUAAUGGUUCAGUUGUCAGGAAGCACAGGGCCCCGAGACUUAGUGAGAUCAAAAGGAAAACUGAUGAACAUCCUGAGCUGAAGGAAAGAUUGAUGAACCGGGUGGUAGAUGAAUCCAUAAACCUUGAGGACACACCAGAUUCAGUCAACAUCUUUGCAAAUGAAGUGGCUGCCAAGAUCAUGAACCUCACUGAACUCUCCAUGGUCGAUGGCAUCUGGCAAGGUCCAAACCACCCCAGGACCAGGCUGCAUUGUGAAAGAUGGAGCCGAGCCAAGGCCUCGAGCUGCGAGAGCAUCCCAGAGGAGGACUUGGAUUCCAAAGCCUCUUUCAACACCCUUGGGCUAAUGAACACUUUUGGGCAGUCUUUGAGCCAGACCAGUUCUGUCUCCAAGCAGUCUAGUUGUGAAAGUAUUACAGAUGAGUUUUCAAGAUUUAUGGUGAACCAAAUGGAAAACGAAGGGAGAGGUUUCGAUUUAUUACUCGAUUACUAUGCAGGAAAAAAUGCAAACAACAUUUUAACUUCUGCUUUGCAACAAGUUGCCAAGAAAAAUGGUCAUCUCAAUGUAAGACCGAGCUGUCCAUCCAAACAGUCCAGCACUGAAAGCAUAACAGAAGAAUUUUAUAGGUAUAUGCUAAGAGAAAUAGAAAAGGAAAAUAAAGAGAACUUAUCUUCCCCUCUGAACUCAAAGGACUGGUGUGGCAGUUUGCUACCCCCCUCUCUACGAUCACCUUUUUGCUUUAGGCAAUCAUCAGUGCCAGACAGCAGAUCAUCAGGCUCUAGAUUAACAGUUAGUGUCCCAGUUAAGGCAAAUUCAUUAGAUGGAUUUGCCCACCAUCACCAAGAUUCCUUAAGUUUACAGCCAGGCAAUACCGUGGCUUCUUCAGGUCUUUGCAAGUCUGACUCAUGCCUGUACCAAAGAUGCAAGACUGACCAGAUAACAGAUAUGUUGAUUCAUGAGACAUGGGCAAGUUCCAUCAAAUCUCUGAUGUGCAAGAACAAAAUCAUAGCAGAUGAGGAAGAGGCUGCAGAGCUGGACCAGUUUCCCAGCGAUUCCUCACCACAGGUGGAACAAUAUGCAAACAGAUUGGCUGCAAAUAUUGUGGCAACUGGUAAAAAUUUAAUUGGUGCCCAGCAGGAUUCCUGUGAUUAUACAAGCCAAGAACACAUGCUGGAAAGCAAACAUCCCCAAAGUGCAGCUCCCAGUCGAUCAAAACUCAAAAGGGAUGCAAUACAUUUGGAUGAGAAAAAAGAGAGAAUCAAGAGCCCUGGGUGCCUCCCUGCAGGUCAGCACAGGGAAGUGCCUUUAAUUCAGAUAGAAACUGAUCAGAGGGAUGAACCAGAUAAAGCCUCAGAGUCCUCAGCUUCAUGGCACCCUGCCAGAAAGGAGGAUCAAAGCAAAGAAAAGCCCAUAGAAGCUUUGGAUGAGAAGGACACAGGUUCCAGUUCCCUAAUAAACAGCAACAGUCCUCAGAGCAGAACAGAUGCUGAAAUCCUAGGAGAGACAAAAACAGCUGAAGAGUUUCCAAACCAUCUCAGCAGCAGUGAAGAAAGCACUGGCAGCUGGUCCCAGCUUGCUAAUGAUGAGGACAAUCCUGAUGACACAAGCAGCUACCUGCAACUCAGCGAGAGAUCCCUAAGCAAUGGCAACAGCAGUACAACUAGCAGUCUUGGCAUUAUGGACCUGGAAAUUUAUCAGGAGAACGUGCCAUCUUCUCUUAUGACUAAUGAAUUAGUAGAAGAAAAGGUUUUCCUUAAAGAACAGACAGAAAAUACAGAGGAAAGCACGUGUGGGCUUUCAGUGGGAACAGCCAAUUGUCAGAAAGAUCUCCUGGUGAUAAACUUUGAUCUGGAACCUGAGUGCCCAGACGUGGAGCUGCGAGCCACCCUGCAGUGGAUAGCUGCUUCUGAACUUGGAAUUCCAACCAUCUAUUUUAAGAAAUCUCAGGAAAACAGAAUUGAAAAGUUUUUAGAUGUUGUGCAACUGGUUCAACGGAAGUGCUGGAAAGUGGGGGAUAUCUUUCAUGCCGUGGUGCAGUACUGCAAGCUGAGUGAGGAAGGCAGAGAAAUGCCACCCAGUCUGUUUGACUGGCUUCUGGAAUUGGGUUAA